AUGGACAUCGACACUAAGAUUACAGCCUACCGCUUUGUCGGAUAUGCAGCCAUUUCUUUCUCAGCUGUAGCUGUGCUUUCUAUCUGUGUCACACUCCCUCUUCUCCACGGCUACGUUCACUCUGUUAGCCACGAAGUCGAGCACGAGUUGGAGAAGUGUGUUGCUGAAGCCAAAGGACUUUGGACUGAAGUUUACACAUUGAAAGAUGUCCCAUCCGCUAACAGAACUGCUCGUUCUGCUUACAACACUGGAUAUGGAAAUGGUUACGGUGUAACUGGAGGAGCUGCUGAUAUGUGCCAAGAUUGUUGCCUUCCCGGAGACGCUGGACCAGCCGGUACCCCAGGAAAGCCCGGAAAGCCUGGACGACCAGGUGCUCCAGGACAACCAGGAAACCCAGGACGUCCACCACAGCAACCAUGCGAACCAAUCACUCCACCACCAUGCAAGCCAUGCCCAGCCGGACCACCAGGACCACCAGGACCAUCAGGACAACCAGGUUUCCCAGGAGCCCCAGGAGGACCAGGAGGAAAGGGACCAGACGGACCUCCAGGAGGACCAGGACACAAGGGACCUGCAGGACCACCUGGACCACCUGGUAAGCCAGGACCAGUUGGACCAUCAGGAGACAAUGGAGCCCAAGGAGAACCAAAGCCAGGAGCUCCAGGACAACCAGGAAGACCAGGAAUGCAAGGUCAACGCGGUCAGCCAGGAGAGCCAGGAAAGGAUGGACAACCAGGAGGACCAGGAGAGAAGGGAGAUGCUGGAGCACCAGGUCAACCAGGACGCGAUGGACUUCCAGGAACUCCAGGGCAACCAGGAAACGAUGGAAAUGACGGAGAACGCGGAAUUUGCCCCAAGUACUGCGCCCUCGAUGGUGGAGUUUUCUUCGAGGAUGGAAGCCGCCGUUAA